AUGCAAGGUCUCACUUCUAUGUUACAACAAAACCAACAAAAGACCGACUCGGCAAUCAAGGCUUUGGAAACUCAAACGGGACAAUUGGCGACCGAUAUAAACUUAAUGAAAGCUCAAAUAUCCACAACACUCCCUUCACAACCAUUCGUGAAUCCAAGAGAGAGUGUUAAUGCGAUUACCUUGAUGAGUGGAAAACAAGUGGAGCAACCAAAUCAACACGAUAAGGUGCAUGAAGAGUUAGUCGAAGACAAAGAGGAAACCACGCCAAAGGAGAAUUCCAAGGAGCCGGUUCCUACUUUCACAACUCCAUCCCCGUUUCCUAGUCGAUUUGCUAAGUCGAAGAAAGAGUUGGAAUACAAGGAUAUUUGGGACAUUCUUAAGAAAGUACAAGUCAAUAUUCCACUCAUUGAAGCUAUUCGUCAAAUUUAUCGUUGUGCAAAGUUCUUAAAGGAGUUGUGCAUGAAGAAGAAAAGGUUAAAAGGGAAUGAAGUCAUGAGUGUGGGGGAGAAUGCCUCGACUUUCAUUCUCAAACUCCCACCUAAAUUGAGAGACCCCGAUAGUUUCACUAUACCUUGCACAAUGGGUAAAACAAGGUUUACUCGAGCUUUGCUAGAUUUGGGAGCAUCGGUUAAUGUUAUGCCUUCCUCGAUUUAUGAUUCUUUGAAUCUUGGUCCUUUUAAAGAGACCGGGGUUAAUGAGCUUGCAUUCUCGGACGAUUUCUAUGUCUUAGACAUGAAUGAUGAUAAUUCUUCAAAGUAUAAACCUUUGAUAUUGGGUAAACCAUUUUUGAGUACCGCUGGAACGAAGAUUGAUGUCCAAAAUGACACCUUGACCUUGGAGUUUGAUAGUGCAGUCAUCCACUUCAAUAUCUUUGAGACAAUGAGAUACCCAAGUGAUGUGAAGUCAAGUUUUCCCGUUAAAGAGAUUGAUGCGGGCUAA